UAUAUGUACGUGUGUAUCAGUAUAUUCAUAUUACAUUGGAAGGCAGGAUAUUUGUUUUAAUUAAGGUUUUUGUCUGUGUUUCAAUGGCUUCAGUUGGUGGUGCAGCUUUGGAGCUUCUUGUGUCUAUACUUCUGUGGAUCCGUACAUUUACUUCCGGUCCAGACAAGGAGAAUUACAGUAAAUAUGGGUACCCAUUCAUUAGAGAAGCAAAUUCAUUCUCAUCGCCGCGGGGUAGUGGCGGAGUGGCCUAUGACUAUAUAAUAAUAGGCGGUGGCACCGCCGGGUGCCCAUUGGCCGCCACCCUUUCACAAAAUUUCAGUGUUUUAUUAUUGGAAAGAGGCGGAACUCCUUUUGGUAAUGUUAAUGUGUCAUUCAUGCAAAACUUCCUCGUCUCAUUAACAGACACUUCACCAAAUUCAGCAUCACAAGUUUUCAUUUCCUCCGAUGGAGUUUUUAAUUCGAGAGCUAGAAUCUUGGGUGGAGGUACUUGCAUUAAUGGUGGAUUUUACACCAGAGCAAGCUCAAGUUACAUUAAAAGAGUACGGUGGGAUGCAAAACUGGUGAAUGAAUCAUAUCACUGGAUUGAAAAACAAAUUGUGCAGAGGCCAAAACUUGCACCAUGGCAGAAAGCAUUGAGGGACAGUCUUCUAGAAAAUGGAGUGACUCCUUACAAUGGAUAUACAUUUGAUCAUGUAUAUGGAACCAAGGUUGGUGGCACAAUUUUUGAAAGAAAUGGCCGCCGCCACACUGCAGCGGAGCUACUUGCAUCGGCAAAUCCAGAAAAGCUUGAAGUGUUGAUACAUGCUACAGUUCAGAAAAUUGUGUUUGAGAUAAAAGGGAAAAAACCAAGGGCAACUGGAGUGAUCUUUAAAGAUGAAAAUGGGAUGCAACAUCUAGCAGUUAUUUCAAAGCAGUCCAGAAAUGAAAUUAUACUGUCAUCUGGUGCAAUUGGAAGCCCUCAACUGCUGCUGCUAAGUGGAAUAGGACCAAAAUCCCAGCUUGAAAAGCUGAACAUUUCUGUGGUUCUUGAUAAUGAGUUCGUAGGAAAAGGCAUGUCCGAUAAUCCCACAAAUGCGAUUUAUGUUCCGACUAGUCAGCCGGUCGAGCAAUCUUUAAUACAGACUGUUGGAAUUACCAAGAUGGGAGUGUACAUUGAGGCUACCAGUGGAUUUGGACAAUUCACAGAUAGCAUUAAUUGGAACCAUGGACUUGUUGCAGCUGAGAUAGGGCAAUUGAUUACCACUCCUCUAAAGAAUAGAAAAUAUGAAGCAAUCCAAUCCUACAAUAAAAGAAAGAGAAACCCCCCACAUGAAGCAUUUAUGGGAGGUUUCAUUUUAGAAAAAGUUGCCAGUCCUUUAUCCACUGGCCACCUUAAUCUUCUCAAUACAAAUGUUGAUGACAAUCCCUCAGUCACCUUCAACUACUUCAGCCAUCCGUCCGAUCUACAAAGAUGUGUUGAUGGCGUACGACUCAUAGAGAAGAUAUCGAGAUCAAAACAUUUCAAGAACUACAUGGAAUGUGACAGCAAAACGGUUGAGAGGAUGCUGAACAUGAGUGUUCAGGCCAAUGUUAAUCUUUUACCUACGCACACUAAUGAUACAAAAUCCUUGGAACAAUUCUGUAAAGACACUGUUAGCACAAUUUGGCACUACCAUUGAGGGUGCCAUGUGGGCAAGGUAGUGGGACCUGAUCAUCGGGUUCUUGGAGUUGAGAGGCUCCGUGUUAUUGAUGGAUCGACGUUCACUGAAUCGCCCGGGACUAAUCCUCAAGCCACAGUGAUGAUGAUGGGCAGGUACAUGGGAAUGAAAAUAUUGAAAGAGAGAUUGGGACGAGCAGCUGGAGUAUAAGAGGGUUAAGUUUGUGUUUGUAAAACUGAUUCAAUAUUAGAAGAUAUUUUAUUUAAUAUAAUUUUCAAUUUUAAGUCUUUAGUUAGGAAACUUAAUCAAGUUUGAUUUAUCUGCUUUUAUAGUAUUUUCUUACUCAAAAUAGGGUCUUUUCAAACCCUAUAUAAAUGAGUAUUUUGCAUUGUAAUAAAACAACUUGAUUAUAUGA